GUCCUGACGCGCCAUGGCCGCGCACAAUCCGGGUACCGAGUUCGACCUUAGCUGGAUCUCCAAAAUACAAGUGAAUCAGCCAGCCGUCCUGAGGCGGGCAGAACAAAUCCAGGCUCGCAGAAUGGUGAAAAAGGAGUGGCAGGCUGCUUGGCUCCUGAAAGCUGUUACUUUUAUAGAUCUUACUACACUUUCAGGUGAUGACACAUCUUCCAAUAUUCAAAGGCUCUGUUAUAAAGCCAAAUACCCAAUCAGAGAAGAUCUCUUAAAAGCUUUAAAUGUGCAUGACAGAGAUAUCACUACAGCUGCCGUGUGUGUCUACCCUGCCCGGGUGUGUGACGCUGUCGAAGCACUGAAGGCUGCGGGUUGUGACAUCCCUGUGGCAUCAGUGGCCACUGGCUUUCCAGCUGGACAGACUCAUUUAAAGACACGGUUAGAAGAGAUCAGACUGGCUGUGGAAGAUGGAGCUAAGGAGAUUGAUGUGGUAAUUAACAGGACCUUGGUGCUGACAGGCCAAUGGGAAGCCCUGUAUGAUGAGGUUCGUCAGUUUCGCAAGGCCUGUGGGGAGGCUCAUCUCAAAACCAUCUUAGCAACAGGAGAACUCGGCUCUCUUACUAAUGUCUACAAAGCCAGUAUGAUAGCAAUGAUGGCAGGAUCAGAUUUUAUUAAGACCUCUACAGGAAAAGAAACAGUAAAUGCCACCUUCUCAGUAGCUGUAGUAAUGCUACGGGCCAUUAGAGACUUCUUUUGGAAAACUGGAAACAAGGUAGGCUUUAAACCCGCAGGAGGCAUCCGCACUGCCAAGGACUCUCUUGCGUGGCUCUCUCUCAUAAAGGAGGAACUAGGAGAUGAGUGGCUAAAGCCGGAGCUCUUUCGAAUAGGGGCCAGUGCUUUGCUUUCAGACAUCGAGAGGCAGAUUUACCAUCAUGUGACUGGAAGGUAUGCGGCUUAUCAUGAUCUUCCAAUGUCUUGAAUCAGCAGCCAACCCAGAGAAGUUCCUUGCAGCAGUCUUCAACAAUGAUUUUUCUACAGAAUUGCUAAGAUGCAUCAUUUCAAAAUAGGGGAGUAGGUAACUGACUUUUUCCUGUGAUAUUUCCACUGAAUUUAACCCAAAGAACGGAAUAGGAAAUAACAGCAAAAGCACCUGAUCCAUCUGGUGCUCAUCAACACCUCCGAGAUGCUUUUAAUCACUGCAUGGCAUUAUUAAUUUUGUGAAGAUGCCCCUAAAAACUCAGUAAAAUGUUCACAGAAGCUUGAACAACAUCACAUUCUAAGGGGAAAAAAAAUGUUGACCUGCCCAAGAAGUCUACUUUUGGGAGAAAAAAAAAAGUCACCUCCUUGAGCUGCUGCUGUAACAGCUUCAGGAGACACUGAUUUGGCACUGAUAUCCCCGAUGGAAAGCUAUCUUUAGUUUUGAAGAUGGAUGGUCUCUUUUAUUAAUCACUUUACAAAUGAAAUUUCUGACAUUGUUACAUGGAACUAUGAAUAUCAUUGAAUUUCUUAUACACAAAAGGCUGUGUUUGUUUGUUUGUUUGGUUGGUUGGUUAGUUAGUUUUUUGAGACAAGGGCUCUUUGUGUAGCACAAGCUGGCCUCAAACCUGUGAUCCUCCUGCC